ACACACACACACACACACACACACACACACACACCUGAAGUAUGAAGUAAAGAAAUUUUUUUUUUUUUAGCUUUCGGUUUCCAGGUCACACUCGGCCACUUGUGCCCUCAGAGUUUCCAGCUGGUAUUUAUCUUGUCUUUGAUCUAUUUUUUGCUCUGGAUUUGGCCCAAGCUGCACUCCACUAACUUGAUUUUGACGGUUGCAGGGGAGUUGGAGCCAGUCUCAGCUGACAUUGUGCGAGAGGCGGGGUACGCCCUGGACAGCCACAUCACUGGACUGUGCAGACUUGAACGGACACAAGUAGGAGAGAGAGGAGGUCAAAGUGCAACAGAACUGCAGAAACUACGCAGCUGCGGGCGGGACGAAGGUUUUAAAAAAAAAACUGAAGAGGAAGUCAGGAUUUAGGGAUGUGUUCUGAGUUGGAUUUAAUGAAACACAACAUGGAUCUUUGUAAAUAUUAUAUCAUGGAGAUAUUUCAGUUUUUUUCCAGAGCGUAGGCGGCAGAGUUUGAUUCAAAACAGAACUAUUAACCUGCACCUAAGUGGAGCAUAGGUUGGACAAGAAGGAUCAUCCCUUUUGGAGACUAAUGCAGAUGGUGUCCAUCGCUCUCUGUGGUAAAAUGGAGGAGCCAUGCUGUGAAGACCAUAAGGACCCCGUAGUGGAGCCUACAGAGCCUGAGGUAAGAGACGCCACUUCUGAGCCUGCUGACAGGGACGGUCACACCGAGCUGCCCUGUGGGCCUGCAGAGGAAAGCCAGGAGCCGUGUGAGAAAGAGCAGGUUGAAACAGAGAGCUGUGCAGGAGAGACUAAAAGCACUGAGAUAAAAAGCCCCACUGAGCCGGAGCAAGAAACAGGAGAGACAGAAUGCAAAGAACGUAGGAAACUGAGAAAAACAAACAGCUGGAAGAUGGUGCGAUUCCAAGACCCAUCAACAGAUGACGAGGUUUUGGAGAGGGACAGCUCAGCAGAGAGUCUCUUUCCAGAAUAUGCAAUGGAGGAAUGGACUUCCUCGACCUUUGAGGAGCUGUUCGUGAAAGAAGAUUGGCAGGACAUUACAGAUGACCGGCUGCUGAGGAAGAAAGUGCUGGAGUGCGGGGACCCGUCCGCCCCGCAGCCCACCUGGGGCCAGGAGGUUACUGUGAAGAUGCAGUGUGUCCUGGAGGACCGUACUGUGGUGGAGAAGGACUGCAAGCUUGUCUUUGUUAUUGGAGAGGGAGAUGUGAACCAGGCCCUGGAGGAGUGUGUCAUAUCCAUGCAGAAGGGCGAGAUCACAUUGCUGCUGGCAGAUUCACAGUAUGCCUAUGGACUUCUGGGAAGGGAGCCUGAUAUUCCCGCCUGGGCUCCUUUACUCUACCAGCUCCAGCUGCUGGACGUUAGAGAGAAACCAGACCCACUAACUCUCCCUGUAGCCGACCGCAUCCGCAUCGGCAACCAGAAGCGAGAGAGAGGAAACUUUCAUUUCCAGAGGGAGGAAUACAGCAUGGCUGCAAGAGCCUAUUGUAUGGCUCUGGAUGUGCUAACCACACGCAGCAGAGAUGGUAACGAUGGUGGCGUGGAGGCAGAGGAGGAGGAGGUGCACGACUACCGGGUGAAGUGUUUAAACAACCUGGCCGCCUCUCAGCUCAAACUGGAGCAGUACAACGAGGCGUUGCACACCAGCCGGGACGUUCUGGCCCUCGAGCCAAACAACGUCAAGGCGCUUUUCAGGACGGGAAAGCUCCUGUCAGACAUGGCUGAGUACAAAGAGGCAAUGGAGGUGUUAAAAAAGGCCUUGAAACUGGAGCCGGCCACCAAGGCGAUCCAUGUUGAGCUGUCCAAACUCGUCAAAAGGCAAUCAGGAGGCAACGACACCCAGGAGUGGAAAGCUAAACCUGCGGAGAUGCUUGGAGACAAUAUCGCACCUUUUCUGAUUCCCUCUAAGAAGAAGCCAUCUGGAAUUUCCUGGAAGUUAAUACUUGGAGCUCUGGUGGUGGCCUUGGGCAGCUUAGUGACGUCAGUCAUUCUGACUGCGAGAAACUGACGUCCUCUGCAGUGGGCACUUUGUAAAUCCUCAUUACAACCAUCCUCCUCCUCCUCCUUCUCUUCAUCAUCAUCAUCGCGUCUGCUCUCCAGCCCUUUUUAGUCAGUUCAGUUGAAGAGUUUUUUACUAUAAAGAGGAGAAGGUAUCCUGUGCAAGAUGCUUAAAAGCUGCAGCAGCACUGAUCCUAAAGUUGUAUUUAUGUGAGUUUCAGAUGGUAGAAUAAUGUUUCACUGGAAGUGUGCAGUUUUUAUGAAAGUGAGGAUAUUGCAGUAUCGGAUGAACUGAUAAUACCAGCAGAUUUCUGCUGAUCGAUAAGACAGAAGUUAUAGUCGCACAUAUUUCAGGUGGAGUCUGUUUGGUGUUUUAUUUGGAAAAGGAUCACAUUCUUUUUGUCAUAAAAAAUGGGUCCUGGAAAAAUCUUCUGGUAUCACAGAUACUCAAAUAAAAAAAAUAAGUGAACCUGAAACCAAACUACAAAGAGUAACUUAAGGAAAUGAAUAACACUCUGAAAGAUUUGAUCAGUGCUCAAUAAGUGGAGGUAUUGAAACUGCAAUGUAAUAUUGCUUACACUGAUGCUUAAUAAAAUGUUUCAAAAAUA